AUGCGACAACAAAGAAGACAAAUAACGCGCGGUUUGCUCCAAAAACGCGCCGAACACAACGACGGGAUCGUUCGAACUUUAAAAGAGGUCUCUUUACACCAAGAAAAGUUAGAACGUAUAGGGGAGAGUUUACAGAGAGACUGUCGAGAGUUGAGGAUACUUUUAUUGCACGAGAAUCAGAUUGGAAAGUUAGGUAGGUAG